AGCACAAUCUAACAACGCUUUCAACAGCCUGAGGCGACCCCUGGACAUCCGUCUGCCUCUGGAGGCAAUACAUACAUCAUGGCGGCACUUUCAUGGCUGUGCCGUACUGGCCGGACGAUGACUGCUCGCGGACAUGUCUUCAACAGCACCUUCAUCACAAGGAGAACAAUCGCGUCCAACUCGAGAUUCUUCCAAGUCUCCGAAGAGAUACGACAAGCCAUCUCCGAGAAGAAGCCCGUCGUCGCCCUUGAAACAACAAUCUACACCCACGGCUACCCCUAUCCGACAAACAUCAAACUCGCAGCACGUCUCGAAGAAUUGGUCCGGCAACAUGGAGGCGUCCCAGCAACAAUCGGAAUCCUAGACGGCGUUGCCCGAGUCGGUCUGGCAGCGGAUGAACUGACCCGCUUAGCGUCAUCUCCAGGCUGUCCAAACGUCCUCAAGAUCUCGAGAAGGGAUCUAUGCUUCGCUCUUGGUCUCAAGGAUGCCAAAGGAAACCCUUUCAACGGCGGCACGACUAUCGCCGGCACGAGUGUCCUCGCCCACAUGGCUGGCAUCAAAAUCUUCGCCACAGGCGGUCUGGGCGGCGUGCAUCGCGGCGCGGAGCAGACGAUGGACGUGUCUGCCGACUUGACCGAGCUUGGGCGGACGCCCAUCACGGUGAUAUCCGCAGGCUGUAAGUCGUUCCUCGACAUUGCCAAGACGCUGGAGGUGCUGGAGACGCAAGGCGUGGCUGUCGCAACAUUCGCAGAUGGACGGAGUGGAAGUGUGGACUUCCCGGCGUUCUACUCGAGAGACAGUGGAGUGCCAAGUCCCGUUACGCUACAAAAUGAAAUGGAUGCCGCGAGGGUGAUUUAUGCACAGCAUGCGCUGGGUUUGCAGUCGGGAAUGCAUUUCGCUAACCCGAUUCCGGAGGAGCAUGAGAUUCCGUUCGCGAAGAUGGAAGUUGCCAUUGCGGAAGCAUUACAAGCCGCGAAAGCUGCGGGGCAAAUAGGAGCGAGGGCGACGCCGUUCAUUCUGGACAAGAUCAAGAGAAUUACGGGGAGCAAGAGUGUGGAGGCUAAUACCGCGCUCGUCGAAGCUAACAUCAUCAGAGGGACGAAAGUGGCUGUGGCGCUACAGCAGCUGGAGCGGGAUGGCAUGGGAGACCACAACUACAGCCCUCAAGGAGUUCCGAUCAGCUACGCCAGCGCGGGCCAAUUCUCCUCCUCGCCAACUACGCCGUCUCAUCGAAUCUCCUCAGCGACUCUCACCUCGCCCGAACAACGAGCGGACAUCUUCGUAGCCGGCUCCCUAGCCGUCGACCUCGCCUGCGACUUCACGCCAAGAAGUUCCAGCUCUCACACUCCCGCCUUACAAACAUCCAACCCAGCCCGCAUCGCCCAAUCCCUCGGCGGAGUCGGUCACAACGUCGCCUACGCCGCGCAUCUCAUGGGGUCCAACGUUCGACUCUGCUCCGCAGUCGGCUCCGACUUGACCGGCAAAGCAGCGCUCGAGGCCCUUACCACCGCCGGGCUAUCCACCGCAGGUAUCGCCACGUUUUCUGCGGACAGUGGAGCACGAACAGCACAAUACAUCGCCAUCAACGACGCGCACAAAGACCUCGUCGUUGCAAUGGCAGACAUGUCCAUCCUCGAAAUUCCCUCAACCACCUCCUCCAUCAUUAAAACCACAUUCGACCACUUCUGGCUUCCUCAACUCCAAACAUCUCGCGCCACCCACGUCGUCCUGGACGGAAACUGGCCAGCAGAAUACCUCACCCUCUGGCUCCGCGCCGCUCGCACCUUCAACGCACAAGUCCUCUUCGAACCCGUCUCAACCACCAAGUCCACCAUCCCAUUCCAACUUACCGGCGAGGACACGCUAAGCACAUUCCCGACCCCGUCAAUCCACCUCUCCACUCCGAACAUCCACGAACUCACUUCCAUGCACGCCGUCGCGCGUUCAGCGGGUCUGAUGGACAGGGAAGACUGGUGGUCCGUCAUCGACGCGCUGGGGAUACCAUCUACCGGCGCACGCACCGCGUUUGCGAUGGCGACCUCUUCCGCUCUCGUCGAUCAAGGCGUUCCGCAACAAGCUGUGCAACUCCUCCCUUUCAUACCCACUCUUCUCACCAAACUUGGGGCGGAAGGGGUGCUGCUUACUCAACUCCUAUCCGCCAACGAUCCACGGCUAACUUCGCCCGAGGCGAGGCCGUACAUCGUCUCUCGCUGUCGUAACGGGACGGAAGAUAGCCUGGGAGUAGGAGGUGUGUACAUGCGUCUCUUCCCGCCAGCGGAGAGGGUCCCCGCGGAGGAAGUGGUGAGCGUGAAUAGUGUGGGAGACACGUUUGCGGGAGUGCUUGUUGCCGGGUUGGCGAAGGCGAAGAGAGAGGGACGGGAGGCGAGAGUGGAAGAUCUGGUGGGAGUGGCGCAGAGGGCGGCGGUCGUCACGUUGAGGAGUGAAGGCGGGGUUGGAAAAGAUGUGAGCAAGAUGAGGGCAGAGUUGUAA